UGAUGACGUCAAUUACACGCACCGUUCACAUUUACAGAAGACAGAAAACAUGGCUGCGGACAUGAGAUUACCAAUUUUUCGGAAACAAGUAUCGUUAUCACCCUCUCUGUCUGCUUUAGAUGGAAAAGAUCUAGUUGUGCCCGGUGAUGUGAUCACAUCAGAUACAGGGUUUAUGAGGUAUGUCUGUCUACAAGCUAGUAUGAACCUCACGAGAACAAGUAAACAAUCCGUCAACAUGCUGCUCCCAUUUUAUAACAUUUUGAGUCUGAGUUUUUUUCCCCUUCUCUUUACUGUAAAUCAAUAUUAAUCCACGUAUUGUUUGCCUCAUUUGCUUUAUAUAGGUAGCUAGCUAGAUAGCUAGGGUGAUGUUGACUAGAUAUGGCAGGUCUCACUUGUUAGUGCAUAAUACUCUGCAAGUUUCACUUGUACAGUCGUGGUCAAAAGUUCACAAAGUUCGCUGCUUCAGUGUUAUGAGAUAUUUUUGUCAGAUGUUACUAUGGUAUACUUAAGUAUAAUUACAAGCAUUCCAUCAGUGUCAAAGGCUUUUAUGCAAAGAGUCAAUAUUUGCAGUGUCGACCCUUCUUUUUCAAGACCUCUACAAUCCACACUGUUAUGCUGUCAAUUAACUUCUGGGCCACAUCCUGACUGAUGGCAUCCCAUUCUUGCAUAAUCAAUGCUUGGAGUUUGUCAGAAUUUGUGGGUUUUUGUUUGUCCACCCGCCUAUUGAGGAUCGACCACAAGUUCUCAAUGGGAUUAAGGUCUGGGGAGUUUCCUGGCCAUGGACCCAAAAUGUUGAUGUUUUCUUCCCCAAGCCACUUAGUUAUCACUUUUGCCUUAUGGCAAGGUGCUCCAUCAUGCUGGAAAAGGCAUUGGUCGUCACCAAACUGUUCUUGGAUGGUUGGGAGAAGUUGCUCUCGGAGGAUGUGUUGGUACCAUUCUUAAUUCAUGGCUGUGUUCUUAGGCAAAAUUGUGAGUCCACUCCCUUGGCUGAGAAGCAACCCCACACAUGAAUGGUCUCAGGAUGCUUUACUGUUGGCAUGACACAGGACUGAUGGUAGUGCUCACCUUGUCUUCUCCGGACAAGGUGUUUUCCGGAUGCCCCAAACAAUCGGAAAGGAGAUUCAUCAGAGAAAAUGACUUUACCCCAGUCCUCAGCAGUCCAAUCCCUGUACCUUUUGCAGAAUAUCAGUCUGUCCCUGAUGUUUUUCCUGGAGAGAAGUGGCUUCUUUGCUGCCCUUCUUGACACCAGGCCAUCCUCCAAAAGUCUUCGCCUCACUGUGCGUGCAGAUGCACUCACAUCUGCCUGCUUCCAUUCCUGAGCAAGCUCUGCACUGGUGGUGCCUCGAUCCUGCAGCUGAAUCAACUUUAGGAGACGGUCCUGGCGCUUGCUGGACUUUCUUGGACGCCCUGACGCCUUCUUCACAACAAUUGAACCUCUCUCCUUGAAAUUAUUGAUGAUCCGAUAAAUGGUUGAUUUAGGUGCAAUCUUACUAGCAGCAAUAUCCUUGCCUGUGAAGCCCAUUUUGUGCAAAGCAAUGACGACGGCAUGUGUUUCCUUGCAGGUAACCAUGGUUAACAGAGGAAGAACAAUGAUUUCAAGCACCACCCUCCUUUUAAAGCUUCCAGUCUGUUAUUCUAACUCAAUCAGCAUGACAGAGUGAUCUCCAGCCUUGUCCUCGUCAUCACUCAUCUGUGUUAACGAGAGAAUCACUGACAUGAUGGCAGCUGGUCCUUUUGUGGCAUGGCUGAAAUGCAGUGGAAAUGUUUUUUUGGGGGGAUUAAGUUCAUUUUCAUGGCAAAGAGGGACUUUGCAAUUAAUUGCAAUUCAUCUGAUCACUCUUCAUGAUAUUCUGGAGUAUAUGCAAAUUGCCAUUAUCAAAACUGAGGCAGCAGACUUUGUGAAAAUUAGUAUUUUUGUCAUUCUCAAAACUUUUGACCACGACUGUGCAGUACUGUAGCUAUUCAAUUUAUUAUGCUAAACUCCAUCCAUGUGUUAUUUAGCUAGCUUGGCGUCCCAUAUGGAAAAUAAUACUGAAAAUCAAAUAAUAAUCUUGUAUGGCAUAAGAUUAUUUGUACAAAAAUCAAAUAAGUCAUCUGUACUCAGGAUCUGGUAUAAUGUUUUUCCUUAUAUGUCAGUGGUGUAUUUGUAUAUGUGUUAAAUUAUAUGCCUUAUAUGAUAUACACAAUUGAAUACUUGAUUGUGCUGCAUUUCCUACAAAUAUAUGGUUUGACAUAUUUGAAUAUUACAAGAAAAUGUAUGUUCUGAGAAUGUAACCUCUACAAAAUAAAUGCUUUAAUUAUAGGUUUUACAUAGGCUUUUAUGUCAACAUAUAAAAAACAUGAAAAUACAAUAUUUGUAUAUCAAUUUUCACUUUUAGGUAUGAGUUUCCAUGAUUAAGGCUGGGUAUUUUGCAUUUUUCAAACACCUGAAACAGCUUUUUCCUGCAAUCUAGAGCAGGGAUGGGCACUACAAACAUAAGAGGAUACACAACUAAAUAAUAACAAAAACUGAAGGACUAAAAAGCCCCCUAAGGAAAAGCAAAGCUAAAAAGGUGUGUUUUAAGAUCUCUUUUAAAAAUGUCCACAGUUUCAGCCCCCCUAAGGUUCUCUGGCAGGCUAUUCCAAAAGCUGGGGGCAUAGUAACUAAAGGCUACCUCUCCAUGCCUCUUGGUCCUAGGCUUUGGGAUAGUUAAAAGGCCAGUGCCAGAGGACCUGAGGGACCUACUGGGUACAUAACUUAAAAGCAUGUCUGACAUGUAUUGGGGUGCACAAUCGUGGAUUGAUUUAAAAACCAAUACACCCAACACAUCAGUUAUCAUAUUAAAACUGCAAACAUUUGCCUCCACCCUAUAGUAAAAUGUGUAGAAUUGCAGGAAAUUAGCUUUAAAACUGCUAAUUCUUCUAUCCGCCGCAUGGCAAAAUGGGUAGAAUUGCAUGAAAUGAGUUAUACAAUUGCAAAAUCUUCUCUCCGUCCCGUGGCAAAAUGUGUAGAAUUGCAGGAAAUGGGUACGCAGACCCACAAGCCACUGUGGCCCCUCAUGAUGAGUUCUGUUUUUUUGUGGCCCCCACCCCCAUCAAAGUUGCCCAUCCCUGAUCUAGAGUAUAUCAUGGCUGCUAUGUGUAGCACCUUUAAUUAAACUAACUAUGUUUCUCUGCUGAAAUCUGGAUAAAAUAUGGAAUGGAAUGUGAGUCUUAUUCAGUACAUUUAGUAAUUGCUUGCCAGCAGGCAUGCCAGCUAAGAUAGUUAGACAAGCUAGCUACUCUAACUUUAUGGAUAGCCUGAAAUGGCUUCUUGGUAGCUAGUUAUGAGGUUAGGAGAUUGGGAACCGAUAUGGGCUAGCUAAAGCCUAGGUGGCUAGUAGUGUUACAGAGAAAUAACAACAAAAAAUUCAACUAUAUCUAUAUUAAACAGGACAAAUCUGAGGGGGCACGUGCCCCCUAUGGGCAUGAUGCCUCCUCUUAGCUUUGUGAUUUAUCACAGACUACUACCAAUGUGCUAUCGAGAGAAUGAUUGUUAAGAGAUCUCCACUUAAUAACUAAAUAGAUUCACUGCUGUUAUCAGUCAUUCCUCAUUCUCCUCCUCCCCCUGUCCUCUUCUCUCCUCCUCAUCCUCCUGUACUCGUCCUCUUCUCCUCUCCUUCUCCCCCACCUCUCCUUCUCCUGUCCUCCUCUCUCCUCCUCCUGUCCUCCUCCUCUCUUCUCUCAUCUUCUCCCCUUCCUCCUCCUCCACCACUCCUCCCCCUCCUGCUUUCCCCUUCCUCCCCCUCCUGCUUUACCCCUUCUUCCUCCUCCACCACUCCUCCCCCUCCUGCUUUCCCCUUCCUCCCCCUCCUGCUUUCCCCCUUCCUCCUCCUCCACCACUCCUCCCCCUCCUGUUUUCCCCCUUCUUCCUCCUCCACCACUCCUCCCCCUCCUGCUUUCCCCCUUCCUCCUCCUCGCGGUGGACUUUGUCACAUUGCAUGCUUCAAUGACAUCAGACAGUGGUAUGCAAGUGCUUUGAAAUGUCCCAUGUAUGUGAGACCUUAGAAUGCUUCGCUUACAUGUCUCUUGUAUGUUUUUUAUAUAAUACAUGCAACAUUUCUGUUAUGUCUAAAUGUUAAAUACCCAUAUAAGUCAGAUAUUACAAUAAUAUUCUAUGAAUCUUGUAAGUAUAUUUGCUGCUAUAUGUAUUACUUACAAGUUUCAGGUAGAACAUGAAACAAUCUUGGUAAAUUAUUCCUUAUCUUUUCCAUAUGGGUUACUAUACUAUUGUACUAUACUAAAUUUUUCUUCAAUUAAUCAUACAACGUCUGCCAAGUUAAUUUUAAUUAUGUUCAAAUCAAAUUUUAUUGGUCGCAUACACAUAUUUAGCAGAUGUUAUUGCGGGUGUUCCUAGCUCCAGCAGUGCAGUAAUAUCUAACGAUUCACAACAAUACACACAGAUCUAAAAGUAAAAUAAUAUAAAUAUUAGGACGAGCAAUGUCGGGAGUCCAGAGUAUACAUGACAUUGACAUUGAAAGUGGAUAUAUAGUGAGUCUUGAUUAGACCAAACUGCUUUUCAUUCUAGGGGUCAUGGGACUUACAUGGAUGAAGAAAAACUAACAGCCUCUGUGGCUGGAGAGGUGGAGAGGGUGAACAAGCUCAUCUGUGUACGGCCGCUCAAGACCAGGUAAGUGGACCAGGUGCCACAGUAAUGUCUGUAGUCCUAGGCUUAGAUUUACCCCAGUGGUUAGCUACUGCCUCAAUGUUUAAGACAACUUUUCCAUUGUGCAGCAUCUUCUGUUAUUGUAUCACAGUCUGUUUGUCUAAAAAUAAAACUAUAUGACUUGUUAUUGAUUACCUUUGCCAUGUUUAUCUGUUCUGAUUCCCAGGUUCAAUGGGGAGGUUGGAGAUGUGGUGGUUGGAAGGAUCACAGAGGUAUGUUUCCAUUUGAGGUGGUGAUACGGUCAGUAAAGCUAAUAAUGACUUGGGGUGAUCGUGCUUCUCGUGGUUGGAGCUUAGUGUUUCUCUGCCAUUUGUAGGUGCAACAGAAGCGCUGGAAGGUGGAGACCAACUCCAGACUGGACUCUGUGUUGCUGCUGUCCUCUGUCAAUCUGCCCGGAGGAGAGCUGGUGAGUGGAAUAGACAACAUAGAUCUGGGAAUUUGGAAGUGUCUUUGGGUAAUGUGCGCUUGGUCCUCUCUUCCUAUAAGCACCCAGUGCAAGCAUAUUGUUAUGACACUGUUGGUCAAACUUCUUUGGAUAUUUAUUUACAUUAUUCUCUCUUUCUCUCUGUCUUACCAUCAAUCAAUCUUUCUGUAUCUGUCCUUCUUAGAGGAGACGGUCAGCAGAAGAUGAGCUCACCAUGAGAGAUUACCUUCAGGAGGGGGACCUCAUCAGUGUAUCCUCUGCUCUGACCUGAAUCUGUAACCUGGGCCCUUUUGCCUUCGUAAUGUCCAUCCUACCCAAACUACUAUGAAAUACAUGGAAUCUUCAUUAUCUUUAGAUUAUUAUUAUUAUUUUUUUUUUUUUUUUUAGCUCUACCGUCUACUAGCAAGUGUCAUUCUCUCAUUGAUAAAUGCAUUAACUUCUUUCUGCUUCAUAAUUCGUAUGUGACUAUGGUCAAGAUUAUCCUUGACUAGCUCUUCUCUCAGGCAGAGGUGCAGUCUGUUUUCUCAGAUGGAGCACUCUCUCUUCACACCCGCAGUUUAAAGUACGGAAAGGUAGCUAAGAUUAACUACCCAAUGUGUGAUCAACAAUUUUGAUGUUCUAUGGUUUUUAAAGUGAUUGAAAAUGUAAACCAUUUACCUCAUAUUUUCUCAUAUUAUUUUGCAACCACAUCACAUCAGCUGGGGCAAGGAGUUAUUGUGCAGCUAUCUCCCUCACUGAUCAAGAGACAGAAAACCCACUUCCACAACCUGCCGUGUGGGGCCUCCAUCAUCCUGGGCAACAAUGGCUUUGUGUGGCUGUACCCCACCCCAGGACAGCAGGACGAGGAGGCUGGAGGAUACUACACCAGUCUGGAGGUGAGAGCUGCCUGGGGCUACACAGCUGUGAGCGCGAAUAUAAGGGAUCCAACUUCUAUGUAGUUAAUAUGAAGUGUUGUGCUUAUAACUGUUUGACUUUUACUAUAUUUAUAUUAUCUACCCAAAUCCUUCUGUUUCCCUUUUUCACCAUUGUAUUUUGGCUUUCCUCACUGUAACCUCUCCCUCUCUCCCACCUCACCCCCUCAGCCUGUCUCUCUCUCUGAUCGGGAGGUGAUCUCGCGGUUGAGGAACUGCUUGCUGGCCCUAGGGGCACACAAAGUGCUGCUGUAUGACACCAGUGUGCUCUACUGUUACGAGUCAUCACUCCCACAUCAGGUAACGCUCUCUGUACUGAUCUGGCUAAUGGAAAGAGGAUCUGAGAGAAGCAAACCUUUCCAUUCAUUGUGCCUCAGUUAGAUCAUUCUUUUAAAAGGGACUCGAUGGCAAGCCAUUUUGCAUGACACACAAUCUAUAGCCAUCCAAGCCAUUCAUAUGAUGACAUUGCAUUUUUAGCACCUUUCAUCAGAUUUCAAAGUGUUUACAAAGCAUAUAAAUUUACCUGUCUCUCUAUCUCUUUCUAGAUCAAGGAUAUCUUAAAACCGGAGGUGAUGGAGGAGAUUGUGAUGGUGACGCGUCAGAAACUGGUGGAACAGGAGGGUUAGAGUAUCAGAUUCAACCUUUCUGUGACCUUUAGCAAUGGAAGGUUUGUGUUCCCUGCAUUCCAUGUCUAGGCACCAAGGCCUUAACUGUGUUAGGGACUGAACCCCCGCCCAAGGUCUGAACUCGCCUCUCAACCAGAAGAUACC